AAUGGUAUCAGAAACAACAUUUGAACAAAUUUCUACUUCAUCAACUUUCCUUUCUUCAAUGGCAUCACUUCUUCCGUUGUUAUUUAUUAGCGCUCUUCUUUUUACUGUUUCAAUUAUAGGCUUUAUUUUACACAAAAUAAUGAGACAAGUUUAUAACAAAAGAUUUGAACAAAACAUGAAAAAACACAAUUUGUUGGGGAAAAAUACAAAUGUUUUGGAAAACACAAAAAAAUACAAUUCGUUGGGGAGAAACAACAAUGUUUUGGAAAACACAAAAAAACACAAUUUGUUGGGGAAAAAUACAAAUGUUUUGGAAAACACAAAAAAAUACAAUUCGUUGGGGAGAAACAACAAUGUUUUGGAAAACACAAAAAAACACAAUUUGUUCGGGAAAAACACAAAUGUUUUGGAAAAACAUCAUUUGUUUGGGAGAGACAAUGUUUGGGAAAAAGAAAAACAAGAACAAAUGAGAACCCAACAUCAAGAACAACAACAACAACGAGAACAACAAUGUUCGACUAAGUAUAAGAAAAGUAUUGGAAGUUUGGAGGAAUGGAUCUAAAUUACAAGAGAAUGAAGCGCUGAAUAAUCAAAAAAUAAAAUUUUUUUUUCUAAAAAAUAAUCUAAAAAAAUUUUUUGUUAACUAGAAAAUGAAUAAAUACAUUUUUUAUUUUAUUUUAAAAUACAAAUUAAUAAAAAAAAAUUUUUUCGAAAAAAUAUAUUUGCCAAAAUCUUGUAGAAGUAGUUGUGUCAACCUUGAAGAAAAUACUCCCAACAUAUAACGCUCCACUGUGCUUUUGUUUCAAAUUUGGGCUUAUCCAUGAUGCUUCCAUCUCAACUUGCAUGAUCAUCUUAUGAAUUCUGGUUGAGAAUAAAAACAAUAAAAAAUCCAAACACAAGUCUCUUUUAACUAGAGUUGGACAAGGUCAAGAUUUUUUAAAAAUCAGAAACCAAGGAUCACUGAAGCUGAAAAGAAUAGAUCGAGGUCGAGGGGCCAAGAAGAAUCUUCCAAGAAAGAUCCGAGAAAAAUCUUGUACUUGUGUCAAGAUUAAUUCAAGUUCUGUAUCGUUUCAAGAUGCCUUAUCAAACAAAAAA